CCAAACUUGAUCAACAAUGGCUCGUUUACUGGGUGAAAUGCGGCGAUGACAAAACGAUAAGGCGACAUCAACACUUCGGAGAUUUUGAACAGACGGAGGUUCAGCCUUGGGCAGGACUUUCUACACAAUGACGCAAACCUUGGCCAUGGUGCUGAAGCAGCAGCCGCUGAAGCUCUUCCGUCUGAACCAAUCACAGAGGCGCUUUCACCCCACUACUUUAAUCCACGACAUCGCUGGCAGGUUUGCAGCAUCGAGCAUUUCCCCGGUUCUGUUGAGUCUGACAGCUGGCAGCGCCUCAGUUUUCACCGCUACAUCUGCGUCUAACUGUGAGCCGCAGCCACUGACAUGGAGAGGAGCUCCAGGGCGGAAGGUUACGGGUUUCUCUGCCCUGACAAACAUGUCCGUACGAGAACUGAAUACCUCCUCCAGGGUCUUCCAAUACGAUCUGAAACCAGACAUACCGAAAGCCGAAGGCCGCAAGCUGUUUUUUGACACUCACGCAGUUGUGCGACUCCUUGAGGAAAAUGGAUUCAGCACUCAGCAAGCUGAAGUGUUGGUUAAAGUGCUGAUCGGGACGACAAACUCCAACAUGGAUUUGGUUUAUACUGACAUGGUGACCAAAGUGCAACAGGAAAUCAUGUUGCAGCAAGUAAUGUCUAAAAUAGCAGUUGUAAAAAAGGACAUGAUUAUCCUUGAGAAGAGCGAGUUCUCCACUCUUCUCACAGAAAAUGAGAAACUCAAGAUCCAGUUGUUCCAGCUCAAAGUCCAGCUGGCUGAUGUGAUGAACAAAGUACGCUCGAAUAAUAUUUUGGACCUGAAUUUGGAGAAAAGCCGCGCAAAAGAGCUGAAAGCAGGACAUGAGAAGAAGCUUCUGGAAACGAGAACUGAAAUUCUGGAAAUGACGGCAGAGCAGGAUCGCCAUCUAACCCAAAUAAACAUGAAAAUAGACACUGAAGUAGCUGGUCUGAAAACCAUGCUGGAGUCUCAUAAACUGGAUACCAUCAAAUAUCUUGCUGGUUCGGUGUUCACCUGCCUCACUGUGGUUUUGGGUUUUUAUCGUAUUUGGAUGUGAGAGAAAGUUAACGACGACUACUGUCGACUGCAACGAUGCCGACAGAGAAGCCAAGGAACUUAUACCAGCUAAAGAGCAGCGGUUUCAUGACGAAUCUCAAUUAUGUCAUUUCAUUCCCAUUAUUAUUUUUUAUUUAUGGACAAUCCAAAAAUUGUGGCGUCUAAAAAAAAACAGUUCUUAUUUUUACACUUUUUGGUUUCAGUUAAUAACAUAUUCUCUUUCUUUCACUAAUACUUUGCAUUUCCUACCUGUAAAAACCAGUUGUGUGUUACUUACAAUGGUUUUAAGUUUCUCUAUUGAUAGAUACAUUUAUUUCCUACCAGUAUUUGUUCAUAAUGACGGCUUAUUUCCUCUGCACACUCAAGACGACAAAAAGAACUCAAAUGAUAUUGUGAUGUACUGAAAGUACAAGAAAUUUCCACAUACCUGUAACUGAAUAGUGAUGAACCCUUAGUAAUAUCAUUAUUUUGUUUUAGUGAAUCUCAUCUUAUCAUCAGUAAAACCUUUUGAUGAUUAUAAAUGUAUUAUGAGUAGGUGCAUAUUAGUUAUUCUGCUGGUAGAAGUUGUACUUUUAUUUUAAUUUUAUUU